UUAUCCCACAACAGCGCCAUCCCGCCAUAGUCUUGGUUUUGUUGGAAGACCCCUCACGGAAAAGUGUUUGGCAAGGAAAGGGUUAAGGAGUUUAUAGGGUUUAGAUCGAUGCUCCCUCUCUCACACGUCGCCAUGAACAAAUGAAUUCGCGGGGACUUAAAUAUCAAUUUCACAAAGGAGAAAGAGUCCUGUGCUUUGAACCUGACCCUACCAAGGCUAAAGUGUUGUAUGACGCUAAGGUCAUUGAUGUCUUGAUAGGUACAGACGAACAUGGAAGAAGAAUCCCAAAGUACCUGAUUCACUUCAGUGGUUGGAACAGAAGCUGGGAUCGUUGGGCUGCAGAGGAUCAUGUCCUAAGGGACACUGAAGAAAAUCGUAAAUUGCAACAUAAACUGGCUCGCAAAGCUCUAGGUCGCAUGAAGAGAAAGGCAUGGGCGAAGAGGCGUCGUCGUCAGUCUGGUACUAAAUCUUCUUUGAAGACUCUCCCUAAGGAGGACGACAGUGAUGACGCAUGUUUGAUUUCGUCUUCAGAGAGCAGUGACGGGGACGAUUCUGACCCUGACUCUUCAAAUAGUGGGGACAGCACCUUCUCUGAGGACAUCAACAAAAUGAGGGUUGAGCCAGACGUCAAUGUGAAGAGGGAAUGUGAGGAGAAGGUCGUCCAUGUGGACAUCAACAUCCCCGAUGCUCUGAAGAAGAAACUCGAGGACGACUGCUUUUACAUCAACAAGAGGAAGAAGCUGGUGAUGGUUCCCUGCCAGACGAAUGUCGUGCACAUCCUUGAGUCCUACGUCAAGCACUUUGCCAUCAACAAAGCGUUCAUGGCCAACGAGCGGUACCGGCGUCAACAGAACACCACACAGAACAGCAGUCCACAGCCAGUCCCUCCAGAGAAGAGCGAGGAGUUGUGUAAGGAGAUGGUCGAUGGCCUGAGGAUCACAUUUGACUUCACCUUACCCAUGAUCCUCCUCUACCCCUGUGAACAAGCUCAGUUCAAAAAGGUCAGCUCCUCCAGGCUCUUCCUGGCCAUCAAUGAAAGCUCCCCUUGCUCCAGCAACACCCAACGAGAGCGCAGCCCAAGCCCGUUGGGGCACAACCCACCAACCCCCCAGUCCACAGACAGCCAACCAGCACUGAGCGACACUUCUGCCACGACGCCUACUGCCCCAGCCCCAAUCCCGAAGCGCAGGCGUCACCCUGACAUGGACUGUAUCUCAUACCAGUCCCAGUCACUCAGACGCUCCACCAGGAACACGUCUGGAGGUGACCGGCCAGCUGAAGGAAGCAGUGGAGGUGGAGGCAGUGCCACAGCGUCCCCGCAGCUCAAACGCCGCUUAGUCGACACCUCAUCCCAGCCAAAGUUCUUCCUCAACCUGGACAGAAAAACCCCAGUGCACAGUGGCUCGUCUUCCCCGUUGCCCUUGACGCCGAGCAAAGAGCGAAGUGGGCCUUUCUAUGGCCUGGAGAGCCGGAGAAACAAUGAGCUUAAUGAGGUCCUAAGUUGGAAGCUAACUCCUGAUAACUAUCCUCUGAAUGACCAGCCUCCUCCGCCCUCCUACCUGUACGGAGCACAGCACCUCCUGCGGCUUUUUGUGAAGCUUCCUGAGAUCCUGGGCAAGAUGCAGAUCCCUGAGAGGAACCUCCGAGCCCUAGUCAAGCAUUUGGAACUCUUUCUCAGGUUUCUGGCGGAGUUCCAUGAGGAUUUUUUUCCUGAGUCCGCAUAUGUGUCAGCAUCAGAGGCCCACUACAGCAUGAAACAACCGAGGCCAAUUUAUUGAAGGAGACGCUGGCUGUUGUGUUUCCUUCCCUUGCGUGUCUCUACCCUGACCUACCUUUCAGCUAGCAUGACCUUUUUGGGGCGUGUGUCCAGCGGAAUCAGUAGCAGCUUUCUCUGGAGUUCAGCUGUAUUGUUUUCCUGGACAGGCUUUUCUUCUCCUCUGGCCUAAUGUUAGUUUUCCUGCUGUUGCCUCGUGGAACCAGUUGCUUCUGCCACGCCGCUAACCCUCACCCAUGCUCUAUUUGUGGGAGUGUCCUGCUAGUCAUGCCACCCUGCUCUGCUUCGCUUCAGUGUACUGCUCCAAGGCAUGUCGAGGGCCGUGUGAUGGCGUGUGCUACCUUUUUUGUAGGCCCCAUAUGGGAUUUAAUUCAUAGGAGACAGCUACUUAUGAUUCUUCUUUCCAAGCCUUUCCUCAUUGUCAUGUUUUUUGUUUGCUGGCCUACACUCUUUAAGACCGAGCUAAGGCUGGAAAGUUCUCUAGCGCCUCAGAUGUUACAGACUUGCCAAAACAAAACCAUUUUGAAUCAGCUGUGGAAGCCGAUACAAUUACUGCUGUUUGGCAAAGACCUGCUCUGACUUUGUUCUAGCCACAACAUUGGAACAUUGUGGCAUGUUCGUAGAAGGGAAAGCGACACUGAUUGAAAUGCCCUGUGUUCUUGUUCUGCCUGCCCAGUAAACUAAUUUUCGAUCCUCUUUAGGAUGCUGGUUUGCCUGUUUGGUUGCUUGCCCCCUCUUUAUGUAGCGACUGUAGAGCUGCCAGUGGUCCUCUCCCGGAUAGGAUUCCUCCUAAGCUACAGUAGGACUUCCUAUGCUGGAGCGGCUUCAUUGCUUUUGCGGAGUAAUUCUAAUUAACUGACUCUUUAAAACUUUUACCUUCAGAAAUGUUGUUUUUCCUCUGGACUUUUCUGUUGUAUUACACUGUUUGGAUGUGCAAUUCAGUGUUCAUGAGAGAUGUUCUUAUUUCUUGCUUUGCUUUUGAUGUUGUCCUGUGCAUGUCUGAUAAAUGUCUAGCAGCUUUUUGUUGUUACGUAUUUUUUAUUUUUUUUCUGCUUGUUCCUCUCACUGUGGCCACCGUCUAACAGAAAGUACAAGGCACAAUGUGAGAAAAUUGAAAAGAUGGUGCGCUGUGGACAACAUAUCUGAGAGUAAACCGUGUGUUGCUCCUUCAUAUUCAUACACAAAUCUUUUUCUUAAGCUAAUCUUACAGGUAAUCUUUAAUAUACAGUUAAAGACCAGUACCAGAAAGAUUAGACAAUCACUUAAAAUGUGUCAAACUAAUUUAGGAAACAUGUAUGUGAUUUACAACAUAACACCUGAUGCAAUUUGCUAAACAUUUCAUAAGAAAGAAUUGGCAAAGCAAAUGCUAGGAAUUAUUUGAAAAAUGCAACAGAAGCGAUAGUUAUGGUUACUCGUCAUGACAUUGUGAAAAUGUAAAUACAAAAACGCCUGUUGAUCAGUAUGUUAUUUAUUUUUCUUUGUGCCACUGGAUCAAUCUGUGUUGCUUGUUGAAUUGGUUGCACAAUACUUGACAAAGCCCAUUCCAGACUUGAUAACACACAAAUGAAGUGUCAGCUGUUUCUUGGCCUAAUAACAUCUGUCUAUACAGUAAACCGAUGUAUUGUAACACACUUGAAUGUAUAAUACAAUGUAUCUGUUUCCUGUUAUGUACAGAGGUAUAAUUUGCAUAGCAUGUUAUUAAUUUCUAUUGGGUUUAUUCAAUGUUGUCUGUUUCCCUUUAGCCCUGUGGGUUUUUUCCCCAAUAGUUUAAAUAAAGACUUUGUAAACUUA